AAUUUUGUUUAUGUUUUUAGAUUUUCAUCGGUUUUAUUUUUAUCAACGCAACUCCAAUAUUUUAAUAAAAAUAAAACUUGAAACAUUAAUAUUUGAAGCUUUCCCCUCUUUUUCCACAUACAAUGAAAGAUGAUAGUGUUGAUCGAGAUGAUGAAAUUACCUCAGAGCAGAAGCUGCAAAAUCAAGUUGAUAAGUUAUCAAAAUCUAAUUGCCCCGAACUAAAUCUGUUGAAUCCCGCACUAGUUACAGAGAACGGUUUGAUUGCCAGUACAUACACCCAAACAGGCGAGCGUCCUUUCAUAUGUGAUAUAUGUGGCAAAGGAUUCCCGAAGAAAUUUACCCUAGUUAGCCACAAGCGAAGGCAUGCGGGAGAUUUGCGGUUGUCCUGUGACUUAUGUGAAAAAAGAUUCUUUUCCAACACUGACCUUGUAUACCACCGGCGAACGCAUACUGGCGAGCGGCCCUACAAAUGUGCCACCUGUGAUCGAGAUUUUAUCAAAGGAAGUGAACUGAUCGCUCACACACGGCUUCAUACAGGGGAGAGACCUUUCAAAUGUGAUAUAUGCGGCAAAACAUACACCCGAAAUUACCAACUUACGGCUCACAAACGCACCCAUGCUAGUGGUGAAUCUCCUAAAAAUUUCGAGUGCGAGAUAUGUGGCAGAAGAUACAAGUUCAAUGGACAGUUAGUUUUACACAAACGUAGCCAUACCGGAGACCGGCGACUGUCAUGUGACAUCUGUGGCAAAACAUUUAUCAAUGGCAGUAGUCUUAAUGCUCACAAGCGAAUUCAUACAGAUGAGAAGUCGCACGAAUGCGACAUAUGCGGUAAGAAAUUUUUCUCUGGCAUUGCCGUCGUGUACCAUCGGCGAACCCAUACUGGCGAUAGACCACAUAAAUGUACUACAUGCGAACGACGGUUCGUCCGGGAAGUUGAUCUCGUCAUCCAUACGCGUACCCAUUCAGGAGAACGGCCUUUUAAAUGCGAUACGUGUAGCAAAACUUUCACCCAAAAGGCUCAUUAUAAUGUUCAUAUGCGCAUUCAUACUGGCGAGCAGUUAGCUAAGCCCCACAAGUGUGAUGUUUGUGGUAAAGCAUACACACGAAACCGGGAUUUAGAGCUACACAGAUGCAUCCAUUCUACUUGAUGAGAUGCUAGAUCGAUUAUUUAUAACGUAUACGACCAAAGCUAAGAAAUAACCGAAGAUUAGGAAAGGAAUCUGGUAGUGCAUGUGCGAGGAAAAUAAGGCGAAAUUUGCACUAUGCGGUGCAUCGUGGGAUAUCUGUGACAAAGGAUAGAUUGACGCAUCCAAUUUCUGUUUCCCGAUUUUCAAAAACAAUACGCAUUCGAAAUCACUAGAUGUAAGGACAGGUGAAAGCACACAAACUUUGAAAAAUAUAAGCACUCUAGUAGUUAUGUGCAAAGAUUUGUUUGAGCUUUAUAACACCUGAAUAAUGUUUAUAGUAUUAGGUGCGCUACUGAUCGCUGAUUUUGUCAUUGUCAUUGUCAUUUCUCAGCCCACACCCUGGCAGACGUUCAUCCGCCCAUCUAGACUCUGUCAAGAUGAGGACCUACAAAGCCUAACUGUUCGUAUGUGCUAGUCCAUAUAGCACACCAGUUUCUUCCACAAGCAGGCGCCGGCUGUUAACCAGUCCCACAAGUUUCAGACACAUUACAUAGAGGAUAGUUGGAGACAGAAAAUGAAGAGAUAGUAAAGAGAUUUUGGUUUGCUGAAACGAGACAAGAAAAGCAAAAUAAUUGUGAUUAGUUUUUUUCUUUUUUUAUCGGGAAGAUGGGACUGCAGCUUAAUGUAACGUCAAGUUCUCUGUUUUGUCUGGUCCAAUGUAUCCUGCUCCUAACAACGCGUGCUAAGUCGGCAGUGAUGCAAUUAAAACUUCGCAUUGAUUUCGCUUCUAUUUUCUUCCUGAUCUCCUCAUGGGUCCCCUAGGUCAGAAGCGGAUCAAUCGACUGUUAAGUAAAUUAGAGAUCGCAGUCAGCCGUGAUGUCCGCGAAUUUCAUACAUACAUACAAACUAUUUGGCGCAAGUUCAGAGCGUGUAACGUCGUGUCAUCUAGUCUGUCACCCUAUGGAAAAUAAUCCUACCAUCGCCUUGGGGUCAACGUCAUAUUGGCAAAUUUCGUACAGUGUCAUUGUCAUUUCUCAAGAUGAGAACCUACAAAGCCUAACUGUUCGUAUGUGCUAGUCCGUAUAGAUUUUGGUUUGCUGAAACGAAACAAGAAAAGCAAAACAAUUGUGAUUAGUAUCGUAGCUAUAAUAAAUAAAUAAACGAUU